CUCAAUUUUGCCCCUUUGAGAGGGAGCGGUUACCUCUCAGCUCAGCUACAGAAGUGCGGCUGGGUAUCAGUGGGUGACAGCUCCAGGCUAUUCUCCUGCCCAGCCUCCUCUGAGACAGCUACAGUAGCCACUGUUUGUGGUCUACCUCCCUUUGUCUGGGAAGAAAAAGAAAAGCCUUGAGGACCCACUACUGCCUUCCAGGUGUAGAUUCGUCUGAGUCAGAGAAGCAUAUGCCACCCCCAGCCCUGAAUCUGCUAAAGAAAUGUCAACAAUUGGGAGCUUUGACGGAUUCCAGCCCGUGUCUUUGAAGCAAGAGGAAGAGGACCAACCCUCUGAAAAUGACCACUUGUCCACAAAGGAGGGGAAUUCAGGCAAGGACCCAGGAUCAAGGAGGAUUUCAAGACAGCAGAGUAUAACUAAAGCGACACUGUACCCCAAUCCUUAUCGCCAGCCCUAUGUUUCACGGAAGUACUUUGUUACACGGCCAGGGGCCAUUGAGACUGCUGUGGAAGACUUGAAAGGCCACAUAGCACAGACUUCUGGGGAGACUGUUCAAGGCUUCUGGCUCCUGACAGAGAUUGAUCACUGGAACAAUGAGAAGGAGAAGAUCCUGCUACUCACAGACAAGACCCUCUUGAUCUGCAAAUACGACUUCAUCAUGCUCAGCUGUGUGCAGGUGCAGCAGGUUCCCCUGAAUGCCAUCUGCUGCAUCUGUCUGGGCAAGUUUGUUUUCCCAGGGAUGUCUCUGGACAAGAGACCAGGAGAUGGCCUAAGGAUUUUCUGGGGGAGCACCGAGGGGUGGUCUCUACUGUCUCGUUGGAACCCGUGGUCCACUGAAGUUCCCUAUGCCACCUUCACAGAGCAUCCUAUGAAACAGACCAGUGAGAAGUUCCUUGAGAUCUGCAAGUUGUCUGAGUUCACCUCUAAGCUUGUUCCAGCCAUCGAGAAUGCCCACAAGAAUUCUGCUGGAUCUGGAAGUGGAAAGGAACUGGUGGUGUUAACCCAACCUAUACUGAUUGAGACCUACACAGGGCUCAUGUCAUUCAUUGGAAACCGCAACAAACUUGGCUAUUCCCUUGCUCGUGGGAGUAUUGGCUUUUGAGACUCUUUGUUAUAAAAUAUAUCAUCUAUAGACAACCAAUUUGCUUAAAUUCACUACCUUUUUGGGUUAUUGUAGUUAUUUUCAGAUAGUAUUUAAAGGACUGACUUAAAAGUGUUUUAGGAAAUCUAAAAGCUUGAUUAGACUGGUAGACCAUUUAGAUCUCAUAUGAGAGAAACUGAAUUUCCAACUAUGAUGCAAUUUACGUUUCAAUUUGCUAAAAUGUUAACUUUCCUCACAUCUAUAGAUACUUUCCUCAUCUUUGUUUUUAUUUCCCAAACCCUGUUUUAUUCUCAUUAGGCUCCCACUGGCUCUGUUAUUUUAGCUACUGUUUAUGAGAGCACUCCAAUCCAAUCCUUCUCAGAUAUUUAUCCCAAGAUUCAGGCUUUUCCUUGUAUCUGCAAGUCAUCCCUAGGUCAGUGUUUCCAACGCCCGCCCCCUUGCCCUCAGCAUUUUCCAAAUCCAGAUUUCUCUGUGGUGUAUUUUAUAAUCCAGCCCCAAAACUUUCCAGUUUUGUUUGGUUUAAACUCUAUGCCAAAGGCAUCCCGUUAUACUAAUCCAUGGAUAUGUUAUAUAGCAUGAUUGUAUCCAAGUUUAAAAUACAUUCUCCUAAGGCUAGAGGUAUAAGUCACUGGCAUAGAGCUUGCCUAACUUGCACAAAGUCUUGAAUUUGAUUCUUAGCACUGAAGAGAAAAAGGAAAAAAAUUACCACACCUUCCUGAAUUCCUUCCUUCACUCAUAGUGUUGGGUCAAAUCUUCCAUUGUUACCACGGUCUCUUAAUUAGGAUUCCCCACGCCAAGGCUUUUUUCAGUUAGUCAUGUACCUUACUGUCAGUUGCUAAAGCACAAUUUGAUCAGAACAUUCUACAGCUGGUCAGUUCUCUUUGGCAGCUUUGUUUUGCAAGUAUUUUUCAAUGACAUACCCUCGUCUAAUGAAAUCCUUUGUGGAAUGUCAGCCUGGGAAAAAGAAAAGGCAAGAGCAAUGUGGCUGCUGGGGACACGGGCUGACUCCCCCUGUGGUUGAGUUUGGGAUUUCAGAGGACUUGGAUUGAGGGCAUAAUUCUAAAACAUUUGUCUUUGUUCAUUUCCUACCCAUCUAUUCCCUUUCAUGUCUUCUGUCGUCUUGACUUAGCUGUAACUUUGAAAAACCCAGGGCACUGUGUCAUUUUUUUUUUUUUUUUUUAGUUUCCUUCUUUUUAAAAUUUUAAAUCUUUCAUUUCUUUAUCAUAGAAGUUCUGAGUGGAUCACUAUAAAGAUUCUUUUUUUAUUAGAUAUU